AGGGAUCCGGAACCGCGACCUGACACGCUUGUCAUGGUGGCAGCCCUUUGCGGCCCUGGCUAAUGGGUCCAUAUGGACUGCUUAUUCACGUGUUGGCCGAGUUAGGAUGUUCAUCUUUGUGCCAAGCAUUUCCGCCAUCUGCUCGGCUGUUUUCCAGGAGAUAUCAUGGUUUAUCGUGUACUUCAGAGGGCCGCCGCCUGCGCCAGUGCCACCGCCACCGCCACCGCCACCGCCUCGCUCCGACAUUGAGUUGCCGCCACAUGCGGCUGCCGGCACCGGGGUUCAGGGAGGAGAGCAAGGCAGGGAGGAGCUAGGAGGAGGCGACGGGGGACAGGGAGGAGAGGCAGGCACGGAGCAGCUAGGUGGAGGCGACGGUGGACAGGGAGGAGAGAAAGGCAAGGAGCAGCUCGAAGCACAAGUAGUGCCGAGGGGCAACAACAGCUGUCCUCUGCCGUCGGCCCGCCUGCGCCUGAAGGCGCCAAGCCCCAGGACGACGCCCCGCCUGCGCCUGAAGACGCCGCGCCCAAGGACGUGGCCCCGCCUGCGCCUGAAGGCGCCGCGCUCAAGGACGUCGCCCCGCCUGCGCCUCCCGUCGUUGCGCCGCCGCUCCAGCCUCAGGAGGAGGAUGACGAGAUUCCCGAGCAAGACUGAUCGUGUGCGACCGUGGCAUCGCGAUACCACCGUCGCUACCUGAACCCUGAUGAUGCGAACUGAGCAUUCCAUCUUGAUUCUAGGAACCAGAAAUGUCUGAUGGCAAUUUUGUUCUGCAGCUGCCAUGCCAACAUCCGCGUAUAUUUCUCGAGCCUUGGCCUCCCACAAAUGUCAGGAACUGUGUCCUGGCUACUCCUACUUCUUCAUU